AUGAAUUCAUCUUAUAUCUCUAAUGUGUCGAGCGUUCUGAGUAACCGCGACUCCCCGAGCACAGCUAUGGCCAAAAACAUCAUCAUCCUCACUCUGGGUCUCACCAUCAACUACAUCAACUGUGCACUGAUUCACACCUUCAGGAAACACCAGGUGUUUUACACGAAUCCUCGUUACAUCCUGUUCAUCCAUCUGGUGGUGAACGAUAUGAUCCAGCUUACAACCUCAGUCAGCCUCUUUCUCAUCAGUUACAUCUUCUACAAAAUCAACGUUUCUGUUUGUUGCCUCAUUGUUACCUUUGUUGUUUUCACCACUCUGAACACCCCGAUAAAUUUAGCUGUGAUGGCUGUGGAGUGCUACAUCGCUGUGUGCUUCCCUCUGAGACACGCUGAGCUCUGCACCGUCAAACGAACUUAUAUUCUGAUUGUCUGUAUUUGGGUUUUGAGUGCAACAUCUGUAAUGCCUGAUAUCUUUCUCAUUCUGGCCACGGAGCCUGCAUGGUUAUUUACUUCUAAAAUAUAUUGUGACAGCUAUAUCCUGUUUAGAUAUCCAGUAAGUAUACAAAAGAGGGAUGUUUCUUAUAUAAUUUAUUUAACUUUAGUUUGGCUCACUCUCUUCUUUGCCUACUUCAGGAUCAUUUUUGCUGCUCAUGCAGCUAAUUCAGCCGACAGAAAUGCAAAAAAGGCCAGGAAUACCAUCCUGCUUCAUGGCUUUCAGCUCCUCUUGUGUAUGCUGACGUACGUAUUUCCCAUGAUCAAAAACUCAAUAGUAUUUUUGUUCCCUAAAUAUUACGUACACGUCCUCUUUGUUUGUUACAUCAUGAUCCACAUUUUGCCCAGGUUUGUCAGUCCCAUUGUGUAUGGGCUAAGAGAUAAGAUGUUUAAACAGCAUUUAAGAAAACAUUUGCUCUGUGGCAUGAGAGCAGGCAGUAAACCACUGCCCUCAGUGAAACUCAUAAUGCUUUCCAGAUUUCAAAUUACAUUAAUAAGAUUUGGGAGUAAAUAG